AUGAACGCCGAACUAUUUGAAAAAUGGUUUGAAGAAUCUGUCCUAAAGAAACUUGCUCAGCCCUCAAUUAUUGUUUUAGAUAAUGCAUCUUAUCACACGCGGAAAAGUGAAAAGAUUCCAACAGCUUCUUCAACCAAAGAGGAAAUUUCGAAUUGGUUGAAAAUGAAGAAUAGACCAUUUGAUACUGGGAUGUUUAAGGCCGAAUUGUUAGAAAUUGUAAAAAAUCACAGUCAAGCAACCAUAACUAAAUAUGUUAUCGAUGAAAUGGCAUUACAAUAUGGCCACGAGGUUCUGCGUUUACCGCCUUACCAUUGCCAUUUCAAUCCCAUUGAACUGGUAUGGGGAAUUUCGAAAAAGUUUUACGAUGACCAUAUUGUUGCUACGCCGGGAAGACAAGAAGAUGUUCUUAAAAUCUGGAACGACGCGUUAGCUAAAGUAACUCCAGACGUGUGGAAUCGCUGCGUAACCCAUACAGAAGAAAUAAUCAAGGAUACCUUCAAUCGUGAAAAAAUUAUAGACGAUGUAAGGCCUUUGAUUUUUACUGUAAAUACAGGAAGUGAUGAAGAAAGCGAUUAUUUAAGUGAAAGUGACAACGACGCGUGA